AUGCCGAGAAUUGCCGUUGGGAGUGGGUGGAGUGAAUCCCUCAACAAGCUUCGAGAAGACGCAGGAGAAUGGCUCGUGGGAGGAAAUGGCGCAGUCCAAGCUGCCAUCAUCAUAACCUGGGCCACCCAACAAGACAACCCACCGUGUCCGCGGCCUCGUGGAGCUUUGCACCCUGGACAAAAGUGGCAUGCCUCGUCUUGCUCACACUGGCUAACGACGAAAGAAGCAUAUCUUCCCGACUCCCCCAGGCGUACCACCGGGUACUCAGGCAAUACUACUGAUACGGAGGAUGUUUUUGGCCGGUCAGUAAGGCCUGGCUCCAAUCCGCGGGAUAGUUUAGAGCUGGGUCUAGAUGCCCUUUCAAGGAGAGCAAAAAGGAAAAUGAAGCCAUUCUUCGGCCGGGGUGGUUUUGGCGGCAGGGGGCGGGGCGGUGGUCGCAGUGGUCACAACAACCAGCGGCAUCAUGGUGGCCGUGGAGGCUACCUCCUCGCCGGGGUCCAGGCGGCCCAACCACCCCGACAUGGUCAGGAGCUCCGCCAGGCCCCAGUGGAGGACCUCUCCGCAGAGGAGUGGGCUAUUGAAGACCAAGCGCUUGAGACGAAUAUGGCUAAAAUAUUUGAGAUAUACCAGCACAUGGCGGCUCGGCGUGCCUAGCUUCAAGGGGCGGGCAAUCAUCUCAUGCGGUGUCUGAACCACAACGUGUUUCGCCUGCUUGGGGUCAUGUCAAAGGUGGCCGGAGUGCCUGCCCCGGCUCCUGAGGAGGACGAGGCGGAGGUUGAGAUGUUC